UUUCCUCCCGAUAGUAUAGCAACUUAUGCGAUCGUACGUUUGAACGGUAGCUUAAUGGUACCUGCGUUAUUCUCGCAUUGCGUUCGCGCCAUCGUUGGUAUUCGUUUUUCAUCCGUUUUAUAUUUUUCAAUGUAAAAGGCGCGUAAGUGUAUUCUGUGUGUUUUUAGCAAAUAAUCCCUUGUUGAAGAUAACAAAGAAAGUGACGUGUCAUACAUAUACGUGAGAAUUAUUGUUUUGAGCGGAAGCAAAUGAGACCCACCGGGAGUUCGCCAUUUUUGUGAUUUUCAUCUAUAGCGUUUUAGGCGGUCAACGAACUUUAAAUUAAAAAAAGAAAGAAAAAAACCUAGUUCUCCAUAUUCUACUACUCUUUUUUUAAGAUAGAAUCGAAAAAUUAAAAAUCAUAAGAAAUAUUGCUACCUACACAUUGUAACUUAUCUCUCCAUUUGAGAAAUUGUAAUGAAACAUAUUUAAGAUAAAUUAUAUCGAAGAUAAAGACUUGCUAUUUAAAGAAUACAUCGAUAUAUCCUUGUAAAUAUCAUUUAUUCGUUUGAAGAUAAACAAAUAUCAAAGUAUUUAUGUCCAAGGAUCAUUGGUACAUUUGUGAUAUGAAUUGAGUAUGCCACUUUUCAAAGUGCGUGCACCAACAAGUCCACCGAUAAGUGAAAAGAAAAUUAACGGUACGCAUCAGCAUCGUCAGCAUAAUCAGCAAAGCAGUGAUAACGAUCACGAGAACGCCGGUAUGAACGGAACGAAUAGUAGAGAGAGCAAUAUCUCUCGUCAAUCGCAAGAACAACGUUUGCAACGAGUUUCCCAGUCACCAUUGGUUUUUCAUUGUCAAUUGGCACAUGGUAGUCCCACGGGCCUUAUAUCUGGAUUCAGUAAUGUCAGGGAACUUUAUCAAAAGAUAGCAGAAUGUUAUGAUAUUCCAUCGGAAGAAAUUCUAUUUUGUACGUUAAACACGCAUAAGGUGGAAAUGUCCGAAUUACUGGGCGGUCAAAUCGGUGUAGGUGAUUUUAUAUUCGCACACAGAAAAGGCAGACCCAAAGAAAUCGAAUUAAUGAAAACGGAUGUUGCUUUGGGACUUACUAUUACCGAUAAUGGAGCUGGAUACGCUUUUAUAAAACGUAUAAAGGAAGGAUCCGUAAUAGAUAAAAUAAAAGUCAUAGAAGUUGGCGAUCAUAUCGAAAAAAUUGAUUCAGUGAGUUUGGUUGGUAAAAGACACUUUGACGUAGCCAAAAUGUUAAAGGAUAUACCCAAGGGAACAACGUUUAUCUUAAGAUUAAUCGAGCCUCAAAAAAACGGCUUUGGAAAUAUUGGACCACGAGGGGAUUUGAAAAAAGGGAAAAAGUCUGCUUACGGUUCUGGUAAAGAAACAUUAAGGUUCAAAGCAGAUGGAAGUGCUCAAGUUGUGCAAUCUGUAAUAGAUGAUGUUACAACGAUUGCAAUAGGAAAAAUCAAUAUGAUACUGGAAAAUUUCAUGGGAAUUUACGAUACUGAAUUAGCUACGCAAAUUUGGGAACUUGCUGAAGGUAAAUUCAACAGCGUUGAUUUUGCCGAAGCGAUAGAUAAUUCUGAUUUGGAAGCUUUCGGAUUUACAGAUGAUUUUGUCAUUGAAUUGUGGGGGGCAAUUACCGAUGCUAGAGCUAGACGACAUCGAUAAUAUUAAAAUAUAAUCAUUAAAUAAAUACUUCCAAGAUAAAAAUUUUGAAAAAUUUAUACGAGGAAUGUAUUAACAUAUAGAAGAUAUUUUUUUGUAUAAUAACAUUUAAUGUUUGUAUUACGUAAAUUAAGCUGUACAGAAACCUGUAUUAUAUUGCAUAUAUUGCAUAAUGCACUUUAUAAUCACCUUCAUUCCUACGUAAACAAUACCCGAUGAAAAAACUUUCUUCAUGUCUCGUUAUUGUCUGCCAGAAUGCUAUGAUUGGUAUGCAAUGAUCACAUUGGCAUAUCUGUACAUAUUUUAUCGAUAAAAAUCUAUUCAUUGUAAAACUUAAAUGUUCAAUAAAAUUUCUCUAUAUCGUUUUCUGAAA